UGUGUCUUCACAGCAUACACAUGGAUGCUGAACGCAGGUGAGUGUACCAUACAAGACUCAGCCACUGAGCAAAAUGCAGCUGACACAAUGCUGUUUUAUAUUCCUCGUCCAAGGCAGCAUCUAUCUGGUAAUCUGCGGGCCGGAAGACUCCACUGGUGAUCCUGAUGAUGAAGACCAAUCAGAAAAUAAGCCUCAACCUAGACCACGAAUCCCUCGGAGAAAAGCUUCCUCCCCAGCCCGACCUCGUAGUUCCAACCCCUUAAACUCUACGGUCCUUCAACUUCUCUCUAACUCCCCUGAAUUUUGGGAUGUCUUGAACAGUCUUUCAGAUCUUGGUCACAAUCAAGAACCUCCAAUUCCAGCAAGGGUCCGACGUCAGUCUGUCCUUAGGUCAACCGGAAGAGCAAAGAAAGUCUUUGGUUGGGGGGACUUUUAUUCCAAUAUCAAGACUGUAAAGCUUAACCUCCUCAUUACCGGGAAAGUGGUAGACCAUGGGAAUGGCUCCUUCAGUGUCUUCUUCCUUCAUAACUCAACUGGCCAGGGAAAUGUGUCUGUCAGUCUUGUCCCACCGUCCAAAGUCCUUGAUUUUGAUCUGGAACAGCAGAUGUAUGCCGAAGCAAAGGAAUCAAAAAUCUUCAACUGCCGCGUGGAGUUUGAAAAAGUGGAUAAAGCAAUUAAGACAGGUCUGUGUCCUCAUGAUCCAUCAAAGACCUGCCAUCAGCAGCAAACUCGUAGCAAGGUCUCUUGGACAUGUUCACAACCUUUCAAGAUUGUUUGUGUGUAUGUCUCCUUUUACACCACAGAUUACAGACUAGUGCAAAAGGUCUGCCCUGACUAUAACUAUCACAGCAGCUCUCCAUACUCACCAUCAGGAUGAAUCGAAAUUCUAAGUGCUGGUAGCAAUGACAUAGCCUAGAUUGGCUAACUUUGGGUCUACCUUUUAUGGACUCCCUGUGCCUUGUUCUGGUCCAUUGUGGUGUGUGUACUUGUGGAGAAAGUGGAAAAAAAGAUGUGUAAGUGGUGUGCUGGAAAUCAACUUGAACAGCUUCAAUAUACACACAAUAUAACAGCUAUAUUGUUAUUCCCCCAUUGAUAUGAAUUAAUGUGUAAUCUCCCAGAAAACCUAUACAACAGAGUUGAAGACUCACAUCAGUUUUUACACUGAAAUAAUAAUUGGUUUCUUCUGUACUAGAACAGACGCAAGAUCUCCUGAUAGAAAGAGCUUUAGGUGGGCAU